AUGCGAUUGCGGCAGCUGCUAUCCGGCGGCGCUGCAAAUCGAGGCAACUCGCUGCAUCUCCCUGCACAUCGCUGCACCUCGUCGCUGGCAACCAAGCUGCCCGAGGUGGCGAGCGCGGCCCGCUUCGCAUCGCGAGUGGACGCGGCGCUCGCGGCGCCUGCACCAGCAGCAGCAGACCUGGCGACACUCGCGCACGACCCGGAGCGCGUGCGGCUGGUGCUGCGCGCGGCGAUGGCGACCACGCACCUGCACACGCAAAGCCGCAUCGCCGCCUACGAGGGCGAGGGCUACUACACCAUCGGGCCGUGCGGCGAGGAGCUGCUUGCCUCAGUCGCGCUCGCGCUGCGGCCGACCGACCCGGCCGCGCUGCACUACCGGCACGUCGGCACGCUGGUGGCGCGGCAGCUGCAGCGCGGCGCGACGCUCGAGCGCGUGCUGCUCGACCGCGCGCGCGGCCACACCAUCUCUGUGAACGACCCCGUCACCGGCGGCGUGCACUGCUCGCUCGGCGACGACCCGCAGUUUGACUUCCUGGUGACGUCGACGCUGGCGUCGCAGGGGCCGCAGGCGGUAGGCCGCGCGGUGGCGAUCGAGCACCUUCCUGCCGCGCAGCGCUGGCCGUCGGAUGCCAUCUCCUACGUCUCUUGCGGCGACGGCUCCGUCAACAACUCGGAGUGGCUCUCUGCGGUCAACGCCGCAGAGCUCGUCGCGCACCGGCGCCGCGCCUGCCCCGUCCUCUUCUGCGUCUCGGACAACGGCCUCUCCAUCUCCUUCAAGACGGGCACGUGGACUGCCU